CUCUCUACUCUUGCCUUGCUCAGUGUCUCUUGGGGACCUUCAGCCUGCUCUCCCUCGGCGGCCUCUUUCUCAGUGCUGACCAACUUUUGCUCUAACAACAACCAAGAACCAUGGCCCAGGAACAGCAGUACAGCCUCCCAGCCAAACUGAUCAAUGGAGGGAUAGCAGGCAUGGUAGGAGUCACCUGUGUGUUCCCGAUUGACUUGGCCAAGACCCGCCUGCAGAACCAACGCAGCGGGCAGCAGCUCUACAAGAACAUGAUGGAUUGCCUAAUAAAGACAGUAAAAUCUGAAGGCUACUUUGGCAUGUACAGAGGUGCUGCAGUAAAUCUCACCUUGGUAAGCCCUGAGAAGGCCAUCAAACUGGCAGCUAAUGACUUCUUUCGCCACCAGCUGAGCAAAGAUGGCGGGAAGUUGACAGUGUUCAAGGAAAUGUUAGCAGGAUGCUGUGCAGGCAUGUGUCAGGUCAUCAUAACCACACCAAUGGAGAUGCUCAAGAUUCAGCUGCAGGAUGCUGGCAGGCUAGCUGCCCAGCAGAGGGUGAUACCCAGUGUAGUUACAACUCUGAAGAUGGGAGGAACCAGUGCUGUUUUAAGCCGUUCCUACAACACCAGCCCUGGGUCUCAAGUCAUGAGAGUAUCCGCCACUGAGAUCACCAGAGAGCUGCUGAGGACCAAAGGUGUCACAGGACUAUACAGAGGACUUGGAGCCACACUUAUGAGGGACAUCCCAUUCUCCGUUGUGUACUUCCCACUUUUUGCACAUCUGCACCAGCUCGGCAAACGUUCUCCUGAAGACCCAUCUGUGCCCUUCUAUUGGUCUUUUGCAUCUGGUUGCUUUGCUGGAUGCAUUGCUGCUGUUGCUGUCAGUCCUUUUGAUGUGGUGAAGACAAGGCUACAAUCACUCAGAAAAGGUGCUAAUGAAGAAACCUACAAUGGCGUGGUGGACUGUGCCAGAAAAAUCCUGAGAAAAGAGGGUCCUGGAGCGUUCCUCAAGGGGGCAAGCUGCCGUGCCCUGGUUAUUGCCCCACUCUUUGGUAUUGCCCAGGUUGUUUACUUUGUAGGAGUUGGAGAGUUCCUGUUGGGUUACACUCCCUACAACAUCUGCUCUGCAUAAAGAAACUGCUUCCUAGUCUUUAAGUGGCUAUAUUAAACGACAGGCAGCUCUCUGUAAUUGUGUAUCUUCUUUAAUUGUUAGAGGGUUUCAGAGUUAAAAGCUAAAGGGACCACAGAGUUGCCAUUUUAUGUCAAAAUGGCUGAAUGCCUUUAGCGUGACUGUCUCUGUUCAUUUGGAAGCUGACCUCUUCAUUUGAGCUUGUUUGAUUUUUUGCUGUCUUUGCUAAGGGAGUGAAUGUUUCUGUGGGUAUUGCCCCUAUCCUGUAAUGUGCUCUAAAUCACUUACCCUUCACUGUAACCCUAGCCUUUAUAUCGCCUCCAACUGUCCUAUUUGGCAACCAGUGGAUGUUGGCUGUUGGUAAUGCAAAAACCUUUUUGUACUGAGAAGCAUCUACCAAUGACAAACAAAGCCAGAAUCUUGACUUGAAAAGCUUCAGUCCUGUUUUAAAGGGUAAAAUGUGAAACGUUGCCAUGGAUGUUCAAUCCAUGUGUAUGUACAUAGUGUAUUUAUUUGUAAAGCAGAUAUCAUAUCAGGAGUGACCUUUCUCACAAGAUGGUCCAGGAAAAGUGCAGAAAAGUAGAUUGUUCUGGUGGUCAAAGCUUGAAGUAAACAUUUAAAGGUGUGCCACAGGGGUCCUGUUUGUAUCACUGACUUUUACAAGCAGGGCAUUUCUGUGCUUCUAAGUGGGAUGCCUUCUUAUCUGCACUGCAUCAUGGUUGCUCACAAGAAUCUUGUUGACCACUGUUGCUUUAGGCUUUGGUGUUUACUGCUUCAUCUUAUUAAACUGAAACACUCAGAAACACCUCCUGAAGUUGACUGUGAAUACCUGCUUUUUAAAGACAUAAAUGCUGCUUGGUUGUGAACUAGACCGAAGAUUGAAGAAAUGUUGACUGAUGUGCUUUUGGGACCAAGUCUUCUGAAGAAUUCUAACAUCACUUACAAGCAGUCACUUUCUCUCAGAUGACUAUGGUUGUCAAUGACUAUUAAGGCUUGCUAAACUGGCCGGUUUUAAUAUCUUACAGCAAUUUAACCACAGACUACUGACUUUUAACAUCAUAAUCAUACGAAUGUACACAACAGACAAUUCAGCCAAUCUUGAUACCUCACCUGCUGUUUGUAGUGACGAAAUCAGAGUGUCGAUUUGACAGGUGCAAACUCUCGCAGAAACUUGUAGGAUAAAUUAUGACUUCAGAAGAAAAACAAAUAUGGAAGACGACUGAUAUCUUCAGCUGGAUGACUUGGUGCAUUCUGUCUUGUGGCAAAAAACAAAAAAAAGGGACUGAGUAAAGGUGAAAUCCUGGCUAAUAUUGUAAAGUUGUGUUAAUGUUUGUGAGCUGUAAAAGUGAACAUCUAGUUGGUGACAACACCUGGUUCUGCUUCCUCUCAUUGGCUGUUGUGGGUUUUCCCCUGGAGCCAGCUUGACCUGGAAUUGUAAAUAGAAAACAUGUUUGCUGAUUCAUUUCCAGAUCAGGGAAGCUCAGACUUGAUCAGGAACAGUACAAUAACUGUAUUUGAUGCUACAACCUUGAAGACUAUUAAGACAAAUAAUCAGUUCAGAUAAGCCUCAACUCAGGUUGCAGCAAGCUGAUCUUUGGGAAGUUCAUUGGGCAUAAAAUUGGGCUUAAAAUCAUUUUGAGUGGAGCCAGCAGAGGUUGUCAAUUUAGGAAUGUAUUAUUAAGACAUUCAGAAGCAUCUGUUGAGAAAAAUGUAAUAUGUCAAAGCACUUAGAAUAAAUUCAUCAUUGUAAAUAUUUAUUUUUUAUUCUUCUUAAACUGUGAAUGUUAACACAAAAUGAGAUCAGGUUUGACAUUUCAACAUGACAAAGGUGUUUUAUCCAGUUGAGAAGAGGAUAAUCUGUUUUUCAUUUAUUGGAUGAUGCUUGUAAAUACAGAUUUCCAGUCCUGAAUAAAAGCUCUUAAAUGCA